AUGGAGGCGGCCGGCGGCCGGGCCCGCUUUGAUUCCCGCCCCGAUGAGGCGCGAGGGCCGACCUGCAAGCUUGUAAACGCGUUGGCCGCGCGCUCCCGCCGGGCGGGUGGGCCGCGAUAUAAGGCGCAGCGCGGGCCUCGGGCCGCAGCCACCCGCCGCCGCCGCCGCCGCCGCGCCAUGUCCUGCCUCUCCUCCGCCCCCUGCGGGGUCCGCGCCUUCAGUUGCGCCUCGGCCUGCGGGCCUCGGCCCGGCCGCUGCUGCAUCACCGCCGCCCCCUACCGCGGCGUCUCCUGCUACCGCGGCCUCACCGGCUUCGGCAGCCGCAGCGUGUGCGGCGGCUUCCGCGCCGGCUCUUGCGGCCGCAGCUUCGGCUACCGCUCCGGCGGCGUGUGCGGGCCCAGCCCGCCCUGCAUCACCAGCGUGUCGGUCAACGAGAGCCUCCUCACGCCCCUCAACCUGGAGAUCGACCCCAACGCGCAGUGCGUGAAGCACGAGGAGAAGGAGCAGAUCAAGUGUCUCAACAGCAGGUUCGCUGCCUUCAUCGACAAGGUGCGCUUCCUGGAGCAGCAGAACAAGCUUCUGGAGACCAAGUGGCAGUUCUACCAGAACCGCAAGUGCUGCGAGAGCAACCUGGAGCCGCUGUUCGAGGGCUACAUCGAGACGCUGAGGCGGGAGGCCGAGUGCGUGGAGGCCGACAGCGGGAGGCUGGCCUCCGAGCUCAACCACGUGCAGGAGGUGCUGGAGGGCUACAAGAAGAAGUAUGAAGAGGAGGUGGCCCUCAGGGCCACCGCCGAGAAUGAAUUUGUAGCCCUGAAGAAGGAGAUCCGCGUUCUCCACGCCCACAUCUCCGACACCUCGGUCAUCGUCAAGAUGGACAACAGCCGGGACCUCAACAUGGACAGCAUUGUGGCUGAGAUCAAGGCUCAGUACGACGACAUCGCCACCCGCAGCCGGGCUGAGGCCGAGUCCUGGUACCGCAGCAAGUGCGAGGAGAUGAAGGCCACGGUGAUCCGGCACGGGGAGACCCUGCGCCGCACCAAGGAGGAGAUCAACGAGCUGAACCGCAUGAUCCAGAGGCUGACCACCGAGGUCGAGAAUGCCAAGUGCCAGAACACCAAGCUGGAGACGGCAGUGACCCAGUCAGAGCAGCAGGGUGAGGCGGCCCUGAGCGACGCCCGCUGCAAGCUGGCCGAGCUGGAGGCCGCCCUGCAGAAGGCCAAGCAGGACAUGGCCUGCCUGGUCAAGGAGUACCAGGAGGUGAUGAACUCCAAGCUGGGCCUGGACAUCGAGAUCGCCACCUACAGGCGGCUGCUGGAGGGCGAGGAGCAGAGGUUGUGUGAAGGCAUUGGUGCUGUGAAUGUCUGCGUCAGCAGCUCCCGGGGCGGGGUGGUCUGCGGGGACCUCUGCGUGUCCGGCUCCCGGCCCGUGACCGGCAGCGUGUGCAGCGCCCCCUGCAGCGGUAACGUGGCGGUGAGCACCGGAAUGUGCGCGCCCUGCGGCCAGAGGUGCAGCAGCAGCUCCCUGGUGCGGUUCUCGUAGUGCCCCCCGCUUUGUAAAUGCAUGGCUCUCGAAGUCAGCCGUCCCUGCCUUCUGCGGCGGGUCCGGGAGCAACCCCAAGUCCCGGGGCUUGAAGCGGAAGGGCUUUGAGAACCUGCGGGCCUGACCUGUCCAAACUGCAGCCUUAUCUUCUUGCGUCUCCUCCACCUUCUCCCUCUCCUUCGCCCUUGCUCUUCGGAAUUUCUUCCGGAGAGGGCCGGCCUCCCCGCCCAGCUGGCUGCCUCCCUCCUCCUCCUCCUCCCCCAGCCCCAGGAGGCUAAAAUGCCUGCCUUCCCAGCCGUGGGCAGAAAGCCAAUCCUGACUCGGGCUGCUCUGGGAGCCGGCCUGGCACAAACCUGUGGCUUCUAAGGGACAGACUGGCCCCAGGUCCCGUGGGCUGUGGACACGCCUCUAAUCUCCUGGGCCUCCCCUGCCUUCCAAACCCUGGCGGUGACCGAGGCCGCGGCUCCACGGGGACAUCUCUUGGUGGCUGCCUGGGCUCCCUCUCCCUCUGCUUUGUGUCCACGGUUCCAAUAAAGCUCAUGGGCCAUAUA